UGCUUGUUUAUUUAUCAGUUCGCAUUUCAAAGUUGUAGGGGUGACGUAUGAUUAAUUAUCACAGAGGGGCACCUCCCCAGAGGUGCAACGCUAACGAACAUUCCCGUUUUGACACCACGGGUUUCUGCUCUGACCGAAGUACUUAUUGCCAGCCGGAGCACGAACGAUGUAGCGCAAAGAUCGAGCUGCAGGCAGCAUUACUCUACUAUAGCACCAAAAUGAGUGAAAAUGAAGACCAAGGUGGUCUGGCAAACAUGGAUAAUUUAACAGAAAGAGAAGAAUAUGAGGAUGACUUUGAAAAAGACCUUGAAUGGCUAAUUAAUGAAGAGGAAAAGGAAAGCCUUGGUGAAAGAGAGACUCCUGAAGAGGCAGAAGACGACAUUGAGGGGAAAGAUGUUAAAGUUGUGGCGACCUUUGAGGAAGACCAUGAGAAAAUGGAAAACAAUCCAGAUGAGCUUUCGGAAGGAGGCAUAGAUGUGAAAGUGAAGCCCUGUGAGGAAGAAAGUUUGGUAUCUGGAUCUGACGUGAAAGAGGGAGACCAGGUUUCUGAUACUGAUAGUGAAUGCUCUAUCCAGGAAUCCAAGCUGGAAAACCAGCAGGAAUUGGAUGAGGAAGUAGAUGAAGAAAUAAAGCGUUAUGUCUUGGAAAAGAUUGAGGAAGCCAACAAACUGCUGGAGAAUCAGGCUCCUGUGGGUGAGAACAGAGAGCGGAAAUUAAAAUUUAAGGAUACGUUGGUGGAUCUUGAAGUUCCUCCUCUUGAAGAUGUAGAAGUUUAUAAAACAGACCUUGCAGGAGGAGGUGAUGUUUCAACCAAGCUGUCUCAGUUGCAUAUUUCUAAUGAAACGGGACCGGAAAGCGCAUCGCUUUCAUUGCCUGCUGGCAAGAAUGAGGAACAGAAGAAUGGUAAAGUCCUGGUGGAAAAAGAUGGAAAGUUUGAACUCUUAAGUUUACGUGAUAUUGAAAGCCAGGGCUUUUUGCCCCCAAUAAGUGUUUCUUUCACUGAUAUUGAAACUCAACGUACAUCUCCAAAAUCUUCUCACCUCAGUUCUUCUGGCACUGUCUCUCGAAUGAAGGAAGUACGUCCAGUAAGACCAGGCAUACAUUCUUUUUCUCCUGCUGCAGAAGAGUGUGCCUUUUUGCCUAAGCCUCCAUCUAACCCUAAACAUCGCCCAAAUUCUGCUAUCAAUGCUGCAAGAGGCCUGGGAAAACGGAAGACUCCACCAAGAGCACAGUCUGCAAAUGUGCCCUUGAGAAGUUCCACUUACUGCCUUUCUCCCAGACAAAAAGAGCUACGGAAGCAGUUAGAACAAAGGAAGGAAAAACUGAGGAAAGAGGAAGAAGAAAGGAAAAAAGAGCAAGAAGAACAGAAGAGAAGGGAGAAUGAGAUGGUGUUUAGAGCUUGGUUACAGAAGAAGAAAGAACAAGUGCAAGAAGAAAAGCGAAUUCGUCGUGCAAAGGAGCUAGAAAACUUGAACAGCAAAGAGAGAAACAGGAAUCCAGAAGAAGCAUUCAAGUUAUGGCUUAAAAAAAAGCACCAAGAACACAUGAAAGAAAAACAAAUAGAAAUUUUGAGACGGCAGGAAGAGGGAAUUACAUUUUUUCCAAGGACAGAGGAAUGCAACAGAGCUUUUAAAGAAUGGCUAAAAAGAAAGAGAGAAGAAAAGCGAGCAGAAGAACUGGCGGCUAAAGAGACAGCAAGGCAGCUUAGAUUAGAAGCUAGAAGAGCAAAGCAGAUGCAGAACAUCCACAGCAUUAGCUCGGAGCCUAGAUCUUUUCGCUUCAGAGACAAUUACAGUUGAAAAUUUGGAGGUAACCACUGAGUUCUUGGGGACAGCCCACUUAAUUUUUAUGCCUUGAGCUACUGCUCUUUAUAGCUACUGACUUUGUGGUGUUUUUAAAGCUUUCUAGCAAAUGCAGCAGUCCCCUUCAUUGACAAUGGUUUUGCUACUUAUUUAUAAUUAAUUUUGUUGAAAAGCCUGCUUUUAUGCACAACUCAGGGAUCGUCUUGGUUUGACCAAAUCAAAAUGAGAGCGAGAUCUAUUUGCGAGGGUGGCAAAUAUAUAUUUCCUUUUAAAAGGCACUUUAUACUGAACUCCACCAUGAAUUCCUGGAUGCAGGCUAUUAUUAUGUUUUUAAUUUAUUUUAUUUUAUUCUGCUGCAUUAAUAUUGCUAUUUGCUGCUUGUGAUGAGUGUACAACUUGUGGUGUUGGAAAAUGCUUUCUGGAAUCUCUGCCACUUUCUGUUGGCCUGUGGACCAGCUGUUCCUGCCUACCUGAAGGACUAUUCUAACUCAGGGAAAGUGGUGACUAAAGGCUAAUGUGUAUGUGAACUUGCAGGUUUUUGGAACUUUAUUUCUGUGAGUCAAACUGAUGCAUUUAUAUUUAGCAAUUUUCUAUUCCAUGAAAUGAAAGAUAAUGUAAAUUAUGACCUUUACCAAUAUCAAGGAAGCUGAAUUCCUUGUGUACGUUUUCACGUUUGCUACAUUUACUAAAAUAUACCACCACCUUGAUAUUGGGAGCUCUUGAGAGAGAAUGUGCUGAAGUGACUGAUGAAAUCACAGUUAUCUGCAUGGAACACAGGGUCUGAAAUGAGCUGUAUUAAAUCCAAAAUUGUAACUUGUAAGCAAAGAAAAUUUAUUGUAUUCUUCAUGCAAACCAAAGCAUGCCCAAGAAUAGCAAGAACUUGUAACUUGCAAAUUCUGUUCAUGGUAUGAGACUUAAAAGAAAAAAAUGGGUGAAAGCAGCUACUGUAGAAACCCUUUUCUUAUAUUAGACACUACCUAUGAUAAAUCUGGGAGUUAAAUUAAAAUGCUUAUUUGCAUCCUCCUGA